UUAUAAGAACAGCAGUAGUUCGUGAUCAAGUUGUACGGACUACACUUACCAGACAACUGGAGAAUUUAGAAGAUGAUUAUGUCCAAUUAUCGGCAAGAAAAAAAGGUAUCAGAAUCUUCAAUAGUAUGUCACCGAAUGAGAGCCCAUCCACAAUAAGAGAUUCAAAGAUAAUGUUGGAAACUUUUGAUGAAAAUUUUGCGUCAGAUCUGAAAGAGAAAGCUCAACUAUCUACCACACCUUUUCUGCCGAAAAAAUUGAUCGAUGCCUCCAACACUUUCGGCAAAGUUGAAUUUCCGUCAUAUUAUAAAAAACUUAAAUCUAUAUGGAACAAUCAAGAUGCUACGAAUUAUCAUAUUAUCGAUUUAGGGGGUAAAGAUACAUCGCAUAAGGUUCAUGACCUUUUAGAUGAGGAUGAGUUAAAAUUGUUAUUUAACAGGUUAGUGUUGGAUGAUGAGGAUAUGCACAUAAAUGAAAAGACAC